CACGCGGAAUUUAGAUUAAACAUGGCCAGGAUAUCCCCAAGAGUCUUUCGUUCCAUGCUCAUCAUUUUUUCCACCGUAUUUGGGUUUAUGACAUUACUGCGACUUCAAAGGAACCUGACUCCUGGUAAUUCUGGUUCUUACCUUGGUGGUCUGUCUGAGAAACAAGUUGAAUGGUCUCGAUUUGCAUACACCCAAUAUGCUACCGACAGAUCUUAUCUGUGCAACUCGCUCAUGCUUUUCGAGGCUCUUCAUCGUCUUGGAAGCAAAGCCGAUCGCUUGUUAAUGUACCCUUCGAGUUUUCUCAUAUCUGAGAACGAUACUUCAAUAGAAGCUCGUUUACUUCGCUUUGCAAGGGACGAGUAUGCUGUCAAAUUAAAGCCAGUUGACGUGAUUAUGAAGGGAGGGGGAGGUGCACCAUGGUCAGCGAGCUACACAAAACUCCUCGCAUUUAAUCAAACAGAAUAUGAUCGAGUUCUUAACUUGGACUCGGAUGCAACCCUUCUACAGGCUAUGGACGAGUUAUUCUUACUCCCACCUGGCUCGGUCGCCAUGCCACGGGCCUACUGGUUAGAUACAAAGGAUCUAAUCUUUACUUCUGGACUCAUGCUCAUUCAACCGUCCCAAUUUGAGUUUGAUCGUAUAAUGGAUGAAAUUUCCAACGCUCCUUCCGACAUCUACGACAUCUACGACAUGGAGAUCAUGAACAAGCUGUAUGGCGAUAGUGCGCUGGUCGUACCACAUCGUCCCUAUACUCUUUUAACGGGAGAGUUCCGCUCCAAGAAUCAUGACUCCUAUCUUGGCAACACGGAAGAACUGUGGGAUGCUGAUAGAAUCCUCAAAGACGCCAAAUAUUUACACUUUUCUGACUGGCCAGUUCCUAAGCCCUGGAUUGCGGCUACUCGUGAUGUGAUCAACAAUACGCAGCCUCCUUGUGAAUUCAAUCCUGCAACUGGUCAACAAGAUGAUUGUCGUAUCCGGGAACAUUGGUUAGGGAUAUACAAGGAUUUCCGAACCAGAAGACAGGUAGCUCAAGCCCAUCCUGACUUGAAAUUACUUUCUUAUGAAGCUUACCAAACAUGA